CUAAGAACUUCACUCCAACCAAAAAGAAAACAAGUAAAAUGGGUGUGUCGCAAAAAUGGUUCAGAAUUCUUCGUGGAAGAUUCAUCAGAUCAUCCAACAAAGACAUCAUUCUCCCCGGCACAAGUGUUUGCGCCAACGAAUGCGAAGAACCCAUUCUUAGGAACGAAGACUUCAGUUUCCCUACACCAUCACCAACACCAACACCAAAACCAAAACCUAUUUCUGCGAUCACCAAGGAAGAUGUUGCGGCCAUUAAGAUCCAAGCUUUCUUCAGGGGACAUCUUGCGAGACGAGCAUAUAAGGCAUUAAAAGGGCUAGUGAAGGUGCAAGCUUUGGUUCGUGGGGUGUGGGUGAGGAAACAAUCACGUAUAGCAAUGCAGUGUAUGCACGCACUUGUAAGAUUACAAGUCAGGGUUCGUUCAAGGCAACUACUUGGUAGCUUUCAUAAGAAACAAACCAUUAGCUGAUUUACACAGUAUAAAGAGUGUAAUAUAGUAAUACAUCUGUGUCCAAAUUCAUUCUUUUUUUUCUUUUUGUCCUAAGUUAAUUUUGGUUCAUUAUAUGUAGAUGAGUGUUUUUUGAUUGA